AUGCGACCUCUCCUCGACCUUCAGAAAGAGGUGAUCAGCCUCUUCUUGGAGCCAUGCGAUAUUCACCAGAUGCGAUAUAUGUCAUUGUGUUUGAAGGAGGAAUAUCAAAAGAAGCUGAAAAGUAGCACAGCAUGCCAGGAAAGAGGCACUUUCAUUGCACUCGACCUGGGCGGUUCUACCCUCAGAGUUGCUGUUAUUGAAUUGUGUACAAGGGCGGACCCCAACGGCGGACUAAGCAUUCGACACAUGACUGUGCACAAGAUUAACGAGCAUAUCCGGCAGCUAUUUGCCAAAGACUUCUUCGAUUGGAUGGCAGCAAAGGUCAUCGAUACCCUUCGUCAAUGUGAACAUACACAGUCACUUCUACAUGAAACGGUUCACGUAGGACUGGCUUGGAGCUUUCCUAUUGAGCAGACAAGCCAUCGUGGCGGUACCAUUCAACCAAUGGGUAAAGGAUUCAAAGCACAUGAAGGCAUAAUUGGUCAGGAUCUGGGUAAUUUGAUAGAGCUUGCCUGCCGAAAACGUGGUCUUGAGGUACGCGUCAGCGCGAUUGUGAACGAUUCGUCUGCAACUCUCUUGUCCCAAGCGUAUAAGGAUCCUGCUACCACGGUGGGCCUUAUCUUGGGUACAGGCACCAACGCUGCCAUUUAUUUACCUGUCAAUUUGCUUGGCGCCGAUAAGUUCGGGAAACGUGAUGCUGAAUGGUUCACGCAAGCUGAGAAGGUCAUCAUCAAUACAGAAUUGUCCAUGUUCGGAAAGGGUAUCCUGCCCGUUACGAGGUGGGACGAGAACCUCAACCGCAACCAUAUCUGCCCUGAUUUCCAGCCUUUGGAAUACAUGACUACUGGUCGGUAUCUCAGCGAGAUCUUUCGGUUGGUGAUUGCUGAAGCAGUUGAUACCUGUCAUUUGUUUGAUGGUGUCUUGCCUCAACCACUUCAAGGCAGAUAUACCUUGGACACAGCUCUGCUAGCGGCCAUCGAAGAGGAUACGACCAAAGGUUGCAUCAGCUCGGCUGAGAGGAUACAGAAAGAGUUCAAACUACUUUGUGUGCCCACACCUGCUGAGAUGCGCUUCUUGAGACUUCUGACAGAGAGCAUUUCUCAUCGCGCAGCUGCUUACAUUGCCACGACAAUACACGCUCUAUGGAUGCUUGAGCACGAUCCUAUGCUCGAGAUGACCUCCAAAACCAUCGUCGCGGCCAAUGGUAGUGUGAUUUCUAUGUAUCCCGGCUUCAGAGAUCGAUGUCAACAGUACGCUAACGAGCUUGUCGCUGCCAGUCAGUCGUCUGCAUCUUCUAGGUCCCGACACGAGAUCACAAUACGACCGACAGAGGAGGCAACGUUGUUUGGUGUAGCGGUCGCAGUCGCUGUUUCUGGUGCUACAUGA